AUGCCAAUUGUCUUGAAGAAUUCCAAACAUUUGUUGUAUUUGGAUCUUGAAGGAAACCAUUUCUCCAGAAUCAUCCCCACAUGGGUGGGCCAUAAUCUUCGAAAUUUGCGAGUUCUAAAACUACGAGGUAAUAUGUUCAAUGGCACCAUUCCUUCAAGUCUAUGCCUUCUCCCACACUUGCAAAUUUUGGAUCUGGCACAUAAUCAAUUACAGGGAAAUAUCCCACCAAAUCUCAGCGGUUUUAGUGUAAUGACAGGCAAGGUACCGAGUGAAUUUGUGUCUUGCGAUAUUGUUGGUUGUGUUUUUACUGCAAAAGGUGGCGAACAAUAUUUGAAAUCGAGGGAGAUGGAUUACUCAUUUUCACAACUAGCAUUGAUGGUGAAUAUAGACCUCUCUAAUAACUCCUUGGUCGGAUUCAUUCCAUGUGAGAUAACGAGGUUGACGAAUUUUGAUGGCAAUCCUAAACUUUGUGGAGAUCCACUCCCAGUUAAAUGUGUGAAUGAGAAACCAUAUGAGCCGCCACAUGGACUUGAAAAUGCAGAUCAAGAGGAGGAUGAAGGGGAAAAGUGGUUGCUUUAUGUUAUUAUAAUGCUUGGAUUUGCUACUGGAUUUUGGGCAGUUGUUGGAAGUUUAGUAUUGAAGAGGAGUUUGAGAUAUGCUUAUUUUAUUUCAGGUUUGUGGAUGAGACUCAAUACAAGGUUCGUGCAGCAAUAUGGCGAUGGUGGAGCAAAACUCAAAGAAAUCUGCAUUCACAAAUGA